AACCGCAUUACGAAGAAGACCACGUAGAGCUCAAGUUGCCAGCCAUGUACGACUUCUGCCUCACGAUUCCGUAUGGUAUGCUACUGGGUCUGGGCGGCCUUAUCGGCUUCGUCAGCACUGGAAGCACCAUGUCACUUGCUGCCGGUGGCUUGUCAGGCGCCUUCCUGAGCUUCGUGGGCUACUGCAGCUACAACGAGUACACGCAGAGCCCCGUGACAUCCAAGCUGUGGCCUGCCAUCUCACUGGCCGUGUCGGCACCGCUCACAGUCGUCAUGGCCAACCGUUACAACAAGACCAACGCGUUCUUCCCGGCAGGCUUCGUAGCCGCCUACAGUGCCGGCAUGUCCAUCUUCUACGUGUGGAUCCUCACCAAGAAGAGCAAGCCGCAGUACAAGAAGAAAGCAUAAAAAUGAGGUCGACUAGUGUUAUUCUGGUCAAUACACACCAUUUUUCAGUAA